UUUUCAGAACUGUCAAAUCGAAGCCGACUCGCUUUUCGCUUGCUCAUGUUCAUCGUCGUUGUUUAAAAGCAAAAGUUUAGAUCAUUUAAAGGAUUACUAUUACGAUACAUCUUUAAAUACCAAACGGAAAACUCGUUAAUUAGCUCUUCGCUAUGGAUCAAAAUAUGGACAUUAACGCUUUUGAGGGCCGUAUUGUGAAGAUGGAGGUGGAUUACACGGCUAUUUGUGAUGAGAAAAUUCCGCUCUGCAAAGCGAUGGCCAAAAAUGAGAAUAAAUUCAACGAAGCGUUGGAGAUUUUACUGCAGCUGGAGAAACAGACUCGCAUCGCCAUGGAUGUGGGUUCCAGCUCGCGGGUGCUUAUAACCAUCGUGCAGAUUUGUUUCGAGGCUAACAAUUGGAAUUAUCUGAACGAGUAUAUUACAAUCCUGGUCAAGCGGCGUUCUCAGUCUAAGCACGCGGUGGCUAAAAUGAUUCAGGAAUGUUGCACCUACGUGGACAAAACACCGGAUAAAGAAACGAAACUGAAGCUAAUCGAUACAUUGCGAACAGUUACUGAAGGAAAGAUCUACGUUGAAGUAGAACGUGCACGAUUGACCAAAAUGUUGGCUGACAUUAAAGAAACGGACGGUGACGUUACCGGAGCGGCGUCGAUUAUGGAAGAACUCCAGGUCGAAACAUACGGUUCAAUGGACAAGCGGGAAAAGGUAGAGCUUAUUCUAGAACAAAUGAGACUGUGUCUGGCGAAGCAAGAUUUUGUUCGAACGCAAAUUAUUGCUAAGAAGAUAAGCAUUAAGUUUUUCAACGAUCCGGAACAGCAGGAUCUGAAGCUAAAGUAUUACGAUUUGAUGAUUCGGCUAGACAAGGAUUCGUCAUUUAUUAAAACGUCUCACCAUUAUUUAGCUGUUGUGGAUUCUGAGCUUAUUGCGAAGGAAACCGAACGACGGCAAAAAAUGAUGAUCUAUGCCGUGUUGUACUGCAUUUUGUCACCGUAUGAUAAUGAACAGGUUGAUAUGAUGCAUAACCUAUCGAAAAAUAAGUUGCUCGAAGAGCUUCCUGUUUAUAAAGAAUUGUUGCGCUUGUUUAUGUGCAAGGAACUCAUCAACUUCGACGCCUUGUGUGCUGUCUAUGCUGCUGAGUUGAACACCUUCGAUAUCUUCAACCAAGAAACUACUCAUGGCAAAAAGUGCUGGGCAGAACUGAAGAAUCGAUUGAUUGAACAUAACGUACGCAUUAUUUCCAACUAUUACACCCGAAUCAAUCUCAAGCGUAUGGCGGAGUUGCUUGAUUUGAGUGAAAACGAGUGUGAGGAAUAUCUAUCCCGAAUGGUCAACGCAGGAACCUUGAAGGUUAAAACAGAUCGACCAGCCGGAGUUAUAUAUUUCUCAACCAAAAAAGCUGCUUCGGAGAUUCUCAACGAUUGGGCGUUUGGACUGAACGAACUCAUGAAUCUGGUGAAUAAAACGUGUCACUUGAUCAAUAAGGAAGAGUGUAUAAACAACGUAAUGCCGGCACCAACUAGUGCCACCGUGGUCCCUUUGUGAGCACCUCUGAAUAAUUGUUUAGUAGAACAGUUGGCCAGAAUCAAUCAAUCUCUCGAGAUAUAAUGUUAAAAAAAAUUGAUCAGUGUAAUGACUUUCAUACUAACAGCUGAAGCGUUCUUAAACUAAGAUUGAACUAAAGCAAUA